AUUGGUAAUAUCUGCGUUGGUUCUAUUUUAUAGUUGCUGUUUGAUGGUGGUGUAUGUAACGAAGAAGCUAUUCGGAAAUGUUUAGUGAAGUUUUAACUGUGAGAGUUUAAGUACUUUUAAUUGCAUUAGUAAUUACCCAGAAUUUAAAAUGAGUAACAGGAAUUCCAGACAUGAUAGGAAAUCGCCAGAUGCAGGUUGUAGGAACAGAAAGAGAAAGCAUUCCUCUUCACCUCAUAAUGAAGAAGGCAAAAGGAAGGAAGGAUAUGUAAAGAUGCAGAGAAAUAGAGAUUAUAGCAGGAGCAGAUAUCAGAGAGGCAGUAGGUAUAAGAAUUUAGAUGAAGGCAGAAAUGGAAAAGAAAGAAGGUUUGGGAAAAGAGAAGAUGGUGGGGAAAGCAGUGAAUUUUCAAGAAAAUUAUGUCACAAAAAUGAAAAUGAGGCUAGUUAUUCCAAAAGAAAGGACGGCAGAGAAGAGUAUGAAAAGAAUUUAAACAAUAAAAGUGGGAACGUGAGUGAGUGUGAUCGAUAUUUGGGUAAGAGUGACAGUGAAUUCCACACUCAGCAAAGUGAUGUUGCCAGUAUACAGAAGAAACCUGUUGACUCGUUGUUGUCCAGGACAGGUGGUGCAUACAUACCUCCUGCUAAAUUAAGAAUGAUGCAAGCCCAAAUUACAGAUAAGUCAAGUGCUGCUUAUCAAAGGAUAGCAUGGGAAGCACUGAAAAAAUCUAUACAUGGACACAUUAAUAAAGUGAAUACUGGGAAUAUUUAUAUUAUUGUGCGAGAGUUGCUGAAAGAAAAUAUUGUGAGAGGACGAGGCCUACUUUGUCGUUCAAUAAUUCAGGCUCAAGCAGCUUCACCAACUUUUACCCAUGUAUAUGCAGCAUUGGUAGCAGUUAUUAACUCCAAGUUUCCAAAUAUUGGAGAAUUGCUGCUAAGACGACUUGUCAUUCAAUUUAGACGUGGCUUCAAGCGCAAUGAUAAGACCAUUUGCAUUUCUGCUGCAACAUUUGUUGCUCACCUUGUAAAUCAGAGAGUGGCUCAUGAAAUUGUGGCCCUGGAAAUUCUAACUCUUCUUAUAGAAAGUCCAACAGAUGAUUCUGUGGAAGUAGCCAUAGCAUUUCUAAAGGAAUGUGGCAUGAAACUAAUUGAGGUAUCAAAGAAAGGAAUGGAUGCUAUCUUUGAGAUACUUCGACAUAUUUUACAUGAAGGACAGCUGGAUAAAAGGGUACAAUACAUGAUUGAAGUGAUAUUCCAAGUGAGAAAAGAUGAAUUUCGAGAUCAUGAAGCAGUUAUGAAAGAAUUGGACCUUAUUGAAGAGCAGGAUCAGUUUACUCAUCUUAUCACAUUAGAUGAUGCUAAAGAUUCAGAAGACAUCCUCAAUGUAUUCAAGUUUGAUGCAGAGUAUGAGGCCAAUGAGGAUAAGUAUAGUUCUCUCAGGAAAGAGAUUCUUGAUGAAGGUAGUAGCAAUUCAGAAAGUGGCUCAGGAUCAGAAGAAGAAAGUGAUUCAGGAGAAGAAAGUGAAAAUGAGGAGAGCAGGGAUGAUGCCAUUAUUGAUAAGACCGAGACUAACCUCAUGGCUCUGCGAAGAACGAUCUACCUGACGAUUCAUUCAAGUUUGGAUUUUGAAGAAUGUGCCCACAAGCUGAUGAGGAUGGAGUUAAAGCCGGGACAAGAAAUAGAAUUGUGUCAUAUGUUUCUAGAUUGCUGUGCUGAACAAAGGACAUACGAAAAGUUCUAUGGACUUUUGUCUCAGAGGUUCUGCCAGAUCAAUAAAAUAUUUAUCCCUCCAUUUCAACAAAUCUUCAGGGAUACAUAUGACACAAUCCAUCGCUUAGACACAAACAAGUUACGAAAUGUGGCUAAAUUUUUUGCACAUCUCCUCUUUACUGAUGCCAUUUCAUGGGAGGUGUUGUCCUUCAUUCACCUGAAUGAGGAAGAGACUACUAGUUCCAGUCGAAUCUUCAUUAAAAUUCUGUUCCUUGAAUUAUCAGAGUACUUGGGACUUAAUAAGCUGAAUGGAAGAGUAAAGGAUCCAACUAUGCAAGUUGCAUUUGAGGGUCUGUUUCCACGAGACAAUCCCAAGAAUACACGAUUUGCCAUCAAUUUCUUUACAUCUAUAGGCUUGGGAGGACUGACUGAUGAAUUAAGAGAACAUUUGAAGGCACAGCCAAAAGUUCCGUUUGUGCCAAAGUUGCUUGUAAAUCUUGCUAGAGAUUCCAGUGAUGACUCUAGUGACUCUGACUCCAGUUCAGAUGCUUCUUCUUCAUCUUCUUCUUCUGACACAUCUUCAGACAGUAGCUCAGAUUCUGAUCAUAAAAAAGUUAUUCAGAAAAAAUCUAAAAGCUCAAAAAAAGCAAGAAAACAAAAAAGGCGCUCAAAACAUAAGAAGAUAAGAAAGUAAACUUGAAAAUAUGAAAAGGAAGAAAAGUGGGUGAUCUGAUGGAGAGAAGCACGGAAACAUUUGAUUGUAAGAGUACAACAUAACGCCCACCACCAAAACAAGAAAAAUAAUAAUAUGACAUUAUAAUUUUAUAUAAUAAAAUUAAUGUUUUAAGUAACAUGUUUUGUUUGUAGUAGCUAAUUUUUUUUAUCUGUGGACCUUGUACAAGAUUCAUUUAUAAAUAUUAUUUUCUUAUGGUCAUGGAAAUAAAUGUUUUUAAUAUUGAUGUUGUUAAGAAAGUAUUCCUGUUUCUCUUUUAGCAAGUACAGAGUUCAUUAUGAUGACUCCAGAAUAAAUGUGCUGCAACAUG